AUGUCUGAACAAGACAUUCAUCCUAAUGUAUACAGUGAAUUACGAAAUAUAUAUAGUUACUAUAUAGAUUCAUACAAUGCAUUAUAUCAGCUCAAAACGGAGAAUGAAGCAGAAUUAAACAAGAUUUACAAAAUGAUCAAGACGGAAUUGCUUGACUCAAAGAAAUAUCUUCCUAGAAAUGUUUUAGUAGACAUUUUAAGUUUCAUUCAGUAUAAUAGUCGUUAUGCAAAGUCAUAUUUAUCUCUUGCCAAACUCAUAUAUGAUGAAUCUCAUGUUAAAGAGGUCAAUAGAAUUCCAAUCAUUUCUAACUUCUUGUUUUAUAAAGAAUAUGGUAUUAAAUUAUGCAAAUCUGAUGAUUUCGAACAAAUUAACAUAGAGAAUCUUGAAAAUAUUCCCACAAUUUACAGAGCAAUUAUGGAUAAUGACAAAGAGUCAUUCAUUGCAUUCACUUUAAAGAAAGGAUUUGAUAAAAAUCAAAAGCUCAGGUGUAAAUUUAAUCCAUAUGUUGUAUAUUCAUUACUUGAACUAUGUUGUUAUCAUGGAGCAGUUGAUUGUUUCAAGUUUUUGAGAACGGAAUUUCAUUUAGAAAUAAAUCGAUGUUGUCUUCUAUUAUCUUUUUUAGGUGGAAAUCCAGAGAUAAUGAGUGAAUGUUUGAAAUAUCAAAAACCAAAUAAAGAAUGCAUGGAAUAUGCAAUUAUUUCGCACAAUAUUGAUUUCGUUACAUUCUUAAUGAAUGAAUACAAUAUAAAGAUCGAUUUAGAUUGUUGCAUUACUUAUAACAAUCUUGAAGCAUUUUUGGUUUAUUUUGAUCAAACUAAAGAUGUAAAUGAAUGCUUUAUUAAAUCGACGAGGUUCAACAUUCCAUCUCUUUGCGAAUAUUUCCUUUCAUAUGGUGCAAAUAUCAAUGAAAAAGAUGAAUAUGGAAAAACUGCUCUACAUGCUGCAGCUGAAAACAAUAGUAAAGAAACAGCUGAAUUUCUUCUUUCUCAUGGUGCAAAUAUCAAUGCAAAAGAUAAGUAUAAGAAAACUGCAUUCCAUUAUGCAGCAGCUAAUAAUAGUAAAGAAACAAUCGAACUUCUUAUUUUACAUGAUGAAUAUGUUGAUGCAAAAGAUAAUGAUGGGAAAACCGCUCUUCAUUAUGCAGCUCGUAAUAAUUGUAGAGAAAUAAUCGAACUUCUUAUUUUACAUGGUGCAUAUGUUGAUGCAAAUGAUAAAGAUAGGAAAACUGCUCUUCAUUAUGCAUCACACACAGAUAUAAAAGAAACAAUUGAACUUCUUCUUUCACAUGGUGCAAAUAUCAAUUGGCAAGAUAAAAAUGGAAGAACUGCACUUCAUAUUGCAGCACGUUUUAAUAAUAAAGAAACUGCCCAACUUCUUCUUUUACAUGGGGCAAAUAUAAAUGAAAAAGAUAAAUAUGAAGAAACUGCUCUACAUGCUGCAGCAAGUUUUAAUAGCAAAGAAACAGCUGAAUUUCUUUUAUCACAUGGAGCAAAUAUCAAUGAAAAAGCUAAAUAUGGGAAAACCGCUCUUCAUAUUGCUGCGAAUAAAAAUAAAAAAGAAAUUGUCGAAUUACUACUUUCUAACGGUGCAAAUAUCAAUGAAAAAGAUAAAGAAGGAACAACAGCUCUUCAGUAUGCAUUAGCGAAUAAUUGUAAAGAAGCAAUAGAACUUCUAAUUUCACUUGGCGCCAACAUCAAUGAAGCAGAUGAAAAGGGAAAAACAGCUCUUCAUUAUGCAUCAGUGAAUAAUUGUAUAGAAGCAAUAGAAUAUCUUAUUUCACAUGGUGCAAACAUCAAUCAAGAAGAUGAAAAUGGAAAUACUGCACUUUAUUAUGCAAUACAUUAUAAUUGGGAAGAAACAGCCAAACUUCUUAUAUCACAUGGUGCAAAAAUGUAG